AUGGAUUAAUAAGCAAGGAGGAUUAAUACUUCCCUUUCUAUGAGUAAUGCAACAUCAGUUUAUACUUUGCGAAAUUAUAUGUUAAAAAAAUUUAAGUAACUGCUAAACAAUCUAAGUCAUGGUAAAAUUUUGAAAAAUGAGGUGAGUAAUUUAGAUUUGGAGCCUUGUAUUUAAUUAAGAGGUGGUGGUUGUUGUGGAACGAAACAAAUUCAUUCUGAUAUAAUAUAAGGCAAUUAAAAUUUUGAAGAAAAUUUUGCAUCCAAAUUAUAAACUUAUACUAAUAUCAUUAUUGAAAAAUCGUUGAGCUUUCAAGAUAAGAUGAAUCAAGAGGAAAUCAUGACUGCAUUUUAAUGGUUUCACAACCACAAAGAGUAAUUUAAUAUUAUUUGUAAAGAUGAUGCUUUAAACUCAUAAUUUUAUGAACUUAUAGAAAGGAUUGUAGAAUAAUUAAUGAAAUAACUUAUAAUUUAUUUAAAACUCUCUGGGUUCCUAUUCUAUUUGUUACUCUAAAUUUGUAAUGAUUUAUUUAGAAUAAUAUUUUCAUAUUAAUCAAAGAAUGGAGAAAGGUACAUGUAAGAGGAGUUACAUAAGAGAUUUUUAGAAUAUAUUUAAGAAAUCGAGUCUUAAAUCUAAGUAGAAGCGAUUAAUAUUUGGCUUAAUGGAGUAGAUUUUGAGCUCAAGAUGAUUAAGACUUGUAUUGCUCAUUGUAGGACAAACUCUGAAAAAGGGAAGGAAUUAGCCAUAUCUAUUAUGUCUGGAUUGAUCUCAUCGCUAUCUUAAUUAAAACCCAGUGAAGAGUUGAUUGACUCUCUUAUAGAAGGAGGUAAGUUUUUACUUUUGAAUUUCUAUAAUAAACAAAUCCAAAAUCCUUUACAAAUUUACGAAAUAUAUUACUUUUUUGAAACUCUGAAAUGGUCAAUUGUAAAUUAAUUAAAAUGGGGCUAUUCAGUUUAGAAUAUCAUUAGGCAAAUUCAAGAUGGAUACCAAAAGUAUAUAAACAUUUCUAAGGAUUGGAUGAUACAUUAUUGUUGGGUCAACUUAAUAUCUGAUCUCAUGUGCUAUAGACCUAUCGUUUAAAAGUCUUAAUUAUCAUAAUUGAUGUAAACUGGAAUUCCUAAUCAAGAAAAUUGGAAUUAAUUAUUAAAUUAAAAUUAAAUAAUUUUACUACCUUAUAAUAAAUUUGCUGGUAAACUAAAAAUAUUUGGAAACCAAAAUUUUAAAGUUAAAAAGUUUGCACCUUUAAAACUAUUUUAGGAGUACUUGAUUUAGAAUUCAAGUGAGAUCCGAUUAUUGCGAGAUUACAUUAACUUUAAUUUCAAUAGCUAGGUAGAUCAAUAAUUAAAUGAAGAGGAUCUCUUUAUCUAAUAAUUAACAAAUCAAUCGAAUUUAGAAUUAAUAAAGGCUUUAAACAAUUAUUUAGGAUCUCAGAAAGACCAAUUAAUAAAUAAUUUCGAAUCUGUAAAAUAAUAAGUGCUUUAAUAUAAUUCUUAACUCAAAAAUAACAAAGUUAUAGAACUCAAAAUAAUCAAACAGGACAUCAGUUUUUUAAUGAAAUCAUUCAAACAAACCAGCACUUUAAUUCUAUGCUUACUCUAAGAGAUAAAUUUAUUGAUAAAUAAGGAACUCCAAAUCAAUUCAAUCUUCUAGACCUUUUUAGAAAGUUUUAAUUCAAUUAAUGCGGAAUAACUGAAUAAAAUAAAAAAAUAAACAUUAAUAUUAAUUUAAGAGAUUGAAAAUAAACAUAUAGCAGAGUUUAUAGGAAAUUUAGAUUAGGUUUCUGCAUUUUGGAUAUAUGUGUCUGAAUAUACGACAAUUUAACAUGAAGAAUUAUUUGAAGGGAACCUAGAAUAGGAUCAAUCACUUGAAAUGUAACUCAAUGAAACCAUUUAAGUAUUUGCUGCCUAUUGUCUAUGCAUAGAUAAAUUUCUGUUAUAAGUACCAACUGUUAAGAGAAACCUCUUGAAUAUUAUGAAAUAGCAAAACUACAAAGAUUUUUUGAAAACCCAAAUUUCUCAAAGGCAUAUAGCAGAAGAGAUAAUCAGGAUAUUGGAUUCUAAACUUAUAGUGAAAUUGGUUAAUAAAACUUAAGGAUAUUUCUAAAAGAUAGAAAAGAUGAAAUCAAAAAUUGAGGAAGUAUAAGAUAUUCGAAAAGUUCUCAAAAUGAUUUACAGCAACUUAAAUAUUCACAAGGGAAUAAAAAUGAUGCUUUGUGUCCACUAAAAAAAAUUAACUACAUUAUUCUCAUAAUUUUAAGGGAUUUUUUCAAAUAAAGGAAUUCAAGAAGCUGAUGGAGAGUAAUAGCAUUAAACAGAUAUCAAUGAAUAAAUUAGAACAUUAAUUAUUGACAAGAAAGAGAAGUUAUAAAUUUUAUUCAAUAAAUAUUAAAAUGCAGAAUUCACAAAGGAGCAACAAAAUGAUUUUAAUAAUCUAUCAUAUCAAAUUUAUAGGGAAAUAAAUGAUAUAAAAAAAUAGAAUUGGAAGGAGCAAAUAUAAGAACCUCUUAUAUUGUUGUUUUAGGAGGUAAGAAUUAAAUUAGAAAUAUUUGGUUUGGUUUAGAAGGAGAGAAAUAUGAUAUAAUAAGAAAUUUUAAAAUUGUUGGAUAACCAUCUUUAAGAAAUAAAUUAAGAAGAAAAAACAGAGGAAUUAUAAUCGUGUUCAAGGGAUCCUUAAUUACCUUCUUCUAGAUAAGAAUUGCUGAAAUUAAAUUUAGGAGAUUUGAUUGAGUGUGAAAAGUUCAUCAAAACAUUAGAAGGCUUAAUUAUGAAAUCUCAAAAGCUAAAGAAGAUAUUCAAAUCAAAUCUAAUUGAAGCUGCUUCUUACAAUUAAUCAACAAAUGCAUAGUUAUUUAAUAAAUUAAAAAGUAUAUAUACAUAAAGUUUAUAUCAAAUAAUAAGUGAUAUAUCACAAUAAACUCUAUAGUUUUGUCAGUAGAUAAAUAGGAAUGAAUAAAUGAUUUUUAGCGAGGAUUUUCUUGCAAAACUCCAAAAAUAACCUUAAAUUUAGCAAGUUCAUGUAAGGAUUUAAAUAUUAAAUUUUAAUACUCUUUGCAUUGAAGAUUAAGCUACAUAAAAUUAGGAUAGAAAAGUUGAUAUAAUCUCAACUAUCUUUACAGAGUUAAAAAAGAGUACUAAGACAAAUUAUGAAGUAGGUAUUUUUGAUAUGUUUUAAAAUUCUUCAUAUAAAGUUAGGGAAAUCCUUGUAUUUAAUUUGAUAAGGAUGUAAUCAAUAGUUCAAGAAGAAACAAUAUAAGAGUUUUGCGAAGAUUUAUUAAAAUAAAUUUGGAUAAUUGAACAACAUCCUAGUGUUAGAAGCUUACUGAAAAAUGAGGAAAUGAUUGUGAUGUAGAAGAAGUUGUUUUCAAAAGAUUUACAAAAUUUCUCAAUUAAGUUAAAAACAGAAAUGCAAAAUAGAUUCAAAUAAAUUGAACAACUUGAAACUCAAAUUCUUCUUAGCGAUAACUAAGAAGAAAUAAAGUUGUAGCUCCAACAAGAAUAUGAGAAUUUUGAAAUAUAUUUAGAUAAUAUUACGGAUAUGUCACAAAGAUUAGAUAUUAGUUUAAUCUUUUUAAGAGAAAUUAGUAAGGAUUUGAAAAACAUAAAAUCAUCAAUAGAUUAGGUAUUAACUAGCAUAAAAAGCGUGGAGGAUGAUAUAAGAAGAUUGAGAGGGAAGAACUUUAUGGAAUUACUGAGCAUGCGAAAAUAAAAGGUUUUAAAAUAAAAGCAAGAGAAUGAGCUUGAUUAAAUUCACAUUUAGGUUACAACUCAAGAUUAUGAUCCUAUUUCUGGUAAUAAAAAAACGAACAGUAAAGGGGAGUUCAUCACAUUCUUAAUAAAGAACUAAUAUGAUAAUUUUGAUGGGGAAGUGAAUGAAUUUUUAUGGAGUGACUAAGAAAAGCAAAAAGAUGUUAUGUUAAUAAAAGGGAAAGCAGGUUCAGGUAAGAGUAGAGCUGCACGUAACAUCGAAGAAUUUAUAUGGAUUUGCGAUUCAAUAAAACCAAAUUGGAUCCCUAUUUAUGUAUCUCUUCCUUCCUUAAAGGACCCUCAUCAUAAUUUGAUUAAUUAGGCACUUGAAUCUGAAAUUUACAAUUUUGACAAUAUACAAAUAAGAGAGUUCAAGGAUGCUGUCAUUAAUGGAAACUUAAAGAUUGUAUUGAUUCUUGAAAGCUAUGAUGAGAUGAAAUUUGAUUGCAUAGGAACUAAUCUUUAUCAUACAAAUAGACUGGUUUAAGAUCUUAGCCUUUAGGCACCGGGAUAAACAGUUAAAAUGAUUAUAACGACAAGAGAAGAAAUCUUGAAUUCAAUAGGAUAUUAAACUUGGUUUUAUGGUCAAAGCAUAGAAACACUUAAAGAAAUUGAGAUAUUGCCUUUUAGUUAGGAACAGAGUUCACAAUAUAUAAAAAUAUAUGCUGAAAUAAGUGUUAAGAGAACUAUUAAAAGAUUUUAUGAAUUUCUCAAAUAAUUAAAAGGGUAAUUAAUUUCAUUAGAUGAGUUUAAGUAGAUAUGGAGUUAAAUAGAGAGUACAAUUAAUUCAAUUAUAAUGUAGAAAUAAAAUUCUGAAGUGUUGUUUUAGACAUAGGAUGUGGAAAAAUUGAUAUUAAAGAUUUAAGCAGUUGAAUUUUUUAAUUUUAUCAAAUCAAAUUAGAUGGUAUCAUUAAAAAAGGAACUAUUGUAACUUUGGGGAGAGUAAAAAUUCUCUUAAGUAAUUAAUAACGUCAACAUCAAUCAUCUACUGACAACUCCAUUUAUGAUGGAAAUAAUAGUUUAUGUGUUACCUAAAAUGUCAUAAUUUUUCUCGCAAUCUAACUUAAUAAGAGAUUUGCUUAAGAAAAAUUUUAUGAUUUUGAAAAGAGAGGCCAAGAAAUCAGAGGUUGUGAUUGAAUAAUAUUAAAGAAGGGAAAUUUAGAAUUCAGAAGAUUUGAAUCAAUUGAAUGGGAAGAAGGAGAAAAAAAACUUAGAAUCGUAAAUACUGGAAUAAUUUAAUUUAAUUAUGGAAGACUUGGACAGUUAAAACUUUUUUGAGUAAUUUUCUAUAGCCAACUCUCUAGAAUAUAUCAAUAAUAAUACUAUCUUUUCAAGCAAGCUUUUUAAAGUGAGGUAUGAUGCAAAUUUUAUUGUUUCAGCUUUCAGGUUAAACCAAUUUACUGCUUUCGAUUUUUAUGAAAUAUUUGUUAACUUUUAUCAUAAUUAACAAUUACAAAAAUUGAAGGACUUGGGAAAAAAUAUAUAACUAGAGAGUGUUCUAUUGGACUUAUAAGAUUUUUCCACAUUUUUAGCUAUAAAUAUGUCUCAGAGAUAAUUGACUUAAGUGAAUUAUAAAUCAAAAGGGAAACUAAACAUUAAGUAAGCUGAGGAAGAAAGGAAGGUUGAGGUCUCUUGGGAAGACUCAUAUUUCAGUGAUAAUUAAGACGAUUUUGAGUACAAGUCUCUAUUACGCAAGUGUAUGUUGAUUAAUUCAAAGGGCAGCAUAUAUUCAUUCAAUCAUAAAUCCAUUUAAGAGUUUUUUGUUGCCAAAUACAUUUUCAACUUGAUUGAGAGACUCUUCAACAAUGAAUCACAAAGUGUGGAUCAAACUGUGUUAAAAAGCAGUAGUUUUAACAAGGAUUAAUUCAACCUAUCUUUGGAUCAUUACUCUGGAAUUUUGGAAAUAUUAAAACCUAAAUUGAAACAAAUCGGAGGGAUUAAACAGAAAUUAAUUCAGAUAAUCUAAUUGUCAAAGAUUGAAACUGAGAAAAAAUUUUUAAGGUCAGCUUCAAAUUCACUGUAUAUUAUAAGUUCAUUGAGGGAGCAUUUUGAUGGCAUCGAUUUUAGUAACAUCUAGAUAGAGGAUACUAAAUUGAAUGGCAUAAGUUUCUAUCAGUGUAAUUUAAACAAUACCUAAUUUAAUAAUGUUUCAAUUGAUUCGUGUAAUUUUAAUUGUGCAAAAAUAUAGAAUGCUGUUUGGGAAAAACUGAUUUGCAAAGAGAAACCCUCAUUAUCAGGUCACAACUCAAUGAUAACUUAGGUUGUGUUUAGUGAGGAUGGAACCACUUUAUCAUCAGGUAGUUAAGAUGGAACUCUUAAUAUCUGGUAGGUUUAUGCUGACGAAGAGCCAAAGAGAGCAGUCAUACCAAAUAAUGAAUAAUUAAUUAUAAUGUCCAAGGGUAAAAAUUUGCUUGCCUGUCUCUCAGAGAAUAAUGUAUAUUUCUAUAAUCCACAUAAUUUGGCGUAAUUGAGAUUUGAGGCUUUGGUUAAUGACAAUUACGGAGAUGUUAUUUUGUCUCCAAACGAUGCAUGGCUAGCAGCUUAGGUGACAUAAGGACAAGUACACUUAUGGAAAGUUGAAAACCUCGAAAAACCCAUUGAAAAAUAAAGAUACAUUUCUAAGGAAAAUAAUUAGGGAUAAAUUAUUUGCAUUGCAAUUUCUUCUGACUAUUAACUCUUAGCAACAUGUGGUAAGCAAAUAACUCUAUGGAAUUGCAAUAAAAUAUCAGACUUACAAGAAAUUGCAGAGCUUCCAGCAUAGUCAAAGAAUAUUAUAGGAGUGGCUUUUUCAAAAGAUAAUGAAAUCUUAGUAACUGGGGGAGAAAAUAAAUAGCUUAAAUUUUGGAACAUUAAAGAUUUAACUAAAGUUUAAUUGCUUUAUUCAUUUGAUUAAUAGGAUAACAUUAUGCAAGUAUCGUAUUCAUAUGAUGGAAAAAUGCUAGCUACAAGAACCUAAUCAUAUAUUAAAUUGUACGAGGUCGACUAGCUGCUAGAAUAAUAAGACUUUUUUAAAUUACUUCCUCAAUGUAAUUUUUAGGUAAUCGAGAUAUCAUCUGAUUGUUAGAUAUUAGCUUCUGCUGAAUAUAAAUCAUCUUAUUAACAUAAUAGCAAAGCUAAAAUAUAUGUAUGGGAUAUUAAAAACUUUCAUUAAAUUNGAAAUCAGAGGUUGUGAUUGAAUAAUAUUAAAGAAGGGAAAUUUAGAAUUCAGAAGAUUUGAAUCAAUUGAAUGGGAAGAAGGAGAAAAAAAACUUAGAAUCGUAAAUACUGGAAUAAUUUAAUUUAAUUAUGGAAGACUUGGACAGUUAAAACUUUUUUGAGUAAUUUUCUAUAGCCAACUCUCUAGAAUAUAUCAAUAAUAAUACUAUCUUUUCAAGCAAGCUUUUUAAAGUGAGGUAUGAUGCAAAUUUUAUUGUUUCAGCUUUCAGGUUAAACCAAUUUACUGCUUUCGAUUUUUAUGAAAUAUUUGUUAACUUUUAUCAUAAUUAACAAUUACAAAAAUUGAAGGACUUGGGAAAAAAUAUAUAACUAGAGAGUGUUCUAUUGGACUUAUAAGAUUUUUCCACAUUUUUAGCUAUAAAUAUGUCUCAGAGAUAAUUGACUUAAGUGAAUUAUAAAUCAAAAGGGAAACUAAACAUUAAGUAAGCUGAGGAAGAAAGGAAGGUUGAGGUCUCUUGGGAAGACUCAUAUUUCAGUGAUAAUUAAGACGAUUUUGAGUACAAGUCUCUAUUACGCAAGUGUAUGUUGAUUAAUUCAAAGGGCAGCAUAUAUUCAUUCAAUCAUAAAUCCAUUUAAGAGUUUUUUGUUGCCAAAUACAUUUUCAACUUGAUUGAGAGACUCUUCAACAAUGAAUCACAAAGUGUGGAUCAAACUGUGUUAAAAAGCAGUAGUUUUAACAAGGAUUAAUUCAACCUAUCUUUGGAUCAUUACUCUGGAAUUUUGGAAAUAUUAAAACCUAAAUUGAAACAAAUCGGAGGGAUUAAACAGAAAUUAAUUCAGAUAAUCUAAUUGUCAAAGAUUGAAACUGAGAAAAAAUUUUUAAGGUCAGCUUCAAAUUCACUGUAUAUUAUAAGUUCAUUGAGGGAGCAUUUUGAUGGCAUCGAUUUUAGUAACAUCUAGAUAGAGGAUACUAAAUUGAAUGGCAUAAGUUUCUAUCAGUGUAAUUUAAACAAUACCUAAUUUAAUAAUGUUUCAAUUGAUUCGUGUAAUUUUAAUUGUGCAAAAAUAUAGAAUGCUGUUUGGGAAAAACUGAUUUGCAAAGAGAAACCCUCAUUAUCAGGUCACAACUCAAUGAUAACUUAGGUUGUGUUUAGUGAGGAUGGAACCACUUUAUCAUCAGGUAGUUAAGAUGGAACUCUUAAUAUCUGGUAGGUUUAUGCUGACGAAGAGCCAAAGAGAGCAGUCAUACCAAAUAAUGAAUAAUUAAUUAUAAUGUCCAAGGGUAAAAAUUUGCUUGCCUGUCUCUCAGAGAAUAAUGUAUAUUUCUAUAAUCCACAUAAUUUGGCGUAAUUGAGAUUUGAGGCUUUGGUUAAUGACAAUUACGGAGAUGUUAUUUUGUCUCCAAACGAUGCAUGGCUAGCAGCUUAGGUGACAUAAGGACAAGUACACUUAUGGAAAGUUGAAAACCUCGAAAAACCCAUUGAAAAAUAAAGAUACAUUUCUAAGGAAAAUAAUUAGGGAUAAAUUAUUUGCAUUGCAAUUUCUUCUGACUAUUAACUCUUAGCAACAUGUGGUAAGCAAAUAACUCUAUGGAAUUGCAAUAAAAUAUCAGACUUACAAGAAAUUGCAGAGCUUCCAGCAUAGUCAAAGAAUAUUAUAGGAGUGGCUUUUUCAAAAGAUAAUGAAAUCUUAGUAACUGGGGGAGAAAAUAAAUAGCUUAAAUUUUGGAACAUUAAAGAUUUAACUAAAGUUUAAUUGCUUUAUUCAUUUGAUUAAUAGGAUAACAUUAUGCAAGUAUCGUAUUCAUAUGAUGGAAAAAUGCUAGCUACAAGAACCUAAUCAUAUAUUAAAUUGUACGAGGUCGACUAGCUGCUAGAAUAAUAAGACUUUUUUAAAUUACUUCCUCAAUGUAAUUUUUAGGUAAUCGAGAUAUCAUCUGAUUGUUAGAUAUUAGCUUCUGCUGAAUAUAAAUCAUCUUAUUAACAUAAUAGCAAAGCUAAAAUAUAUGUAUGGGAUAUUAAAAACUUUCAUUAAAUUUAAAUGAUUCAUACAUUAGAGGAACACACUUAAAAUAUUUUAUGUUUGAAAAUUACAAAUGAUAACAAAGUUUUAGGUUCAAGUAGUGUAGAUAAGACUAUUUGUUUAUGGGAUUUAACCAAAUAUAGCUUAAUUAUAAAAUUAGAUGCUUAAACUAAAAAGGUCUUUAAUCUUGAUUUUUCAUUUGAUGGCAAAUAAAUGGUAUCUAACUGUGAGGAUAAAACAAUAAUAUUUUGGGAUAUCACUAAAAUAGAUUAGCCUCAAAUCUAAACGAAAGUAUAAUAAUCAACGGACACAAAAAUCAUUGCUUUUUGUCCAUUCAAAUAAAUUAUGGUGUCAUUAGCGGGUCCAAUUUCAAGAGGGAUCCAAUUUUGGAAUACAGUUGAAUUUACACAGAUUCCUUUCGAACCAAUUUUAGAUUAUUUCUUAGAUGUAAGUUUUCGGAAGGAUGGUAAUGCUAUGGCUACAUUUUGUAAGAAUAUUGGAAUAAGGAUUUGGAAAAUAAAUGAACAAUCCUUCGAAAUUGAGAAGAAAAUUCCUCUAAUAAAUCUUUCAUAUUUGCAAAGAGGAUUUUAUUUAGAUGAUGAAAACUUUAUAAUACAAAAUAAUAUUGGUGUGGUUCAAUUGUAAAUUCAAAAUGAAGAAAUCAAAUAGACUUCUAAAUUGCGUUUUUCUAGGAAUGCCUAUGGAAUGUCGGUAUCAUCAAAUUCUAAGUUUGUUGUAAUUGGAAGCACAGAAGGUCUUGAGAUUGUGGUUAGGGAAAAUCAGAAUAGUCCAAACUAUAUUUGUUCAGAAACCUCUAUUCAAUACAGAGGCUUUUAAUUUUCUCUUGAUUCUUCUCUUAUUUCUGUUGUUUCUGACAAAGGAUUUGUUAUUUAAAAUAUCUAAACCAAGUAAAGAGUAAAGAAUUUUGAAGACAAAAUUAAUUACUUAUCUGUUGGUUUUGUUGGCAAUGAAAGAGUGAUUGUUGGAACAGAUACACUUGGAGGGUAACUAAUUUUAUACGAUAUCAAAGAUUGGUAAUAAAUAAUAAAGUUGUCAGUCAUCUAAUUACCUAGAUUCCCUUAUAAAAUCACUUUUUUAGAAUAGAGACAAUAAAUUUGUGUAUAUAGCUAUUAACAUAUCAUUUUACUCAACUUAUAAAAAUUAGACUUAAUCUAAUUGAUUUAGAUUAAUAAAGGUACCAAAUCAAGAGAAGCUAUUUUCAAUUCUGAUUAGUCAUUUUUUGGUGUGGGUUUAGAUAAUCGUAUUUACUUUCAAUCUUUAUCAGAUAUACUUAUUUUGGAUACAAUUUUUACAUAAACCCAAUCGAUUUAUUUGUAUAAAAACUUUUCAUAGAAUAGUGAGUUUUUUUCGGCUAUCUCAAAAGAUUCAAUUUAUUCUUAGUAUGAAUUAAAUGCAAACAAGAUUACCAAAUAAAUUAAUCUGAAUUUAGCAAAUUUGGAAUUUGCAACUUUAAAUUCCUAAGAAACGCAAUUAGUUGCAAUUCAAAAUGUGCCUAAUUAAAAAUUUCGAUAAAAAUUAUCGAUGAUUGACCUUGAAACAUAAAAAACAAUAUCGUGCUUUGAAGAGAUUGAUGAAGAAAAAUUCAGAUGCUUAAAAGCGAUCUUUUCUGAAGAUGGCUUAAAUUAUGUAUCAUGCUAUUUAGACUUAACAAUAAAAUUGUGGGAUGCUAAAUCUUGUAAAUUGCUAUCCAUGUUUAAAAGUGAUACUGCUAGCAUUGAAUUUCUGAGAGUAUCUACAAAAGGGAUAUUAGCUUAGACAAGCAAUUAAGUCAUAAAGUUAUGGAACUUAAAAGCAUUAAAACAGUAAUAAUUUGAAAUGGAUGGUCACACUGAUUCAGUUAAUUAAUUAUGCAUCUCCUCAGAUGGUUUCUAAUUGGUUACAGGAUCUAAUGUUGAAAUCAUAAGGUGGGAUUUGAUAGAACUAAGAAAAAUUGAUGUAUUAUUAACAGGUAAAAGACUUCCAUCUUCUUUUUGUUUUUCUACUAACUGCUAAUAUUUUGCUGCUCAAGAUGAUAAGCAAUUAAUCCAUAUAUGGAAAUUAAAUACAAAAUAUAUGAUUGAACAUCAUUAUCAAUAAUUUUGUAUCAUUUAAGACAAAGUUGCUUUUAGUUUAGAUCAAACACAACUUAUAUGGAAGCAUAGUAAUUCAUAAAUAUUCACCUUGGAUUUGGAGCAGGUAUUUAGAUCAAAAUCUAUAACAUCAUAACCUAACUUUGGUUCUGAACUAAGGUCAAUUACUAUUAAUUCAAAUAUUCUUGUAAAAACAAAUCCAUUUGAAUUGAUUUUAAUAAACAAUAACUCUGAAUUAAAGAAUGAAGAAAUGGUGGGAAUAUAAGUAAGUUAAACAACAACAAUUGCCAUAUGUCAGGUUAAUUAGAGAUUAGCCAUUGAAGAUCAAAAUUAAUCAAUCAUUAUAUGGUCACUAGAAAAAAAAUAAACAGAAUCUAUUUUGCAACAUUCCUCUUUGAAAAAUAAUAAAAUUUUAUCAAUGGCUUUCUCUGGGAAUGGUUAGAUUUUGUUCUCUUGCCACGCAAGCGAAGUAAUCAAAUAUUGGAAUGUUACUGAUAAAUUUGAGUUGAUAAAAUCAUAGGAACUUAAAUAUUUUGAUAAUGUAAGAGUUGAUAGAAAAUUAUUACUUUUGUACAUAUUUCCACUAAAAGAGGAUGAUUUCAUAGUAGUAUGGUAUGAAGAAAUUUAAGCUUGGGUUGAUGUUCAGGUAAAUCAGAUUGUGGUUUAAACGAAAGAAGUUUUACAAUUAGAUGAAGCUACCAACUCUGCUUUAUCAUCAUCAAACUUCAUAGCUGGGUAUAAUUAAGCCAAGAAUUUAGUUGCAGUCUAAUAUAAGGCUAAUCUAAAGAUAUAUGAUAUAUCAUAGAAUAAACCAAAAGUCAUUGUAAUUUUGGAAGGGAAUUAUCUUGAAAAAUAGCCUCGUUCUUCAAUACUCCAAUUUUCAGAAGACGGGAAUCAUUUACUAGCAUUAGGAAUUAAUCAUACUCUAAGGUUAUGGGAUAUUUCAGAUUAAAAUAGGAUUGUGUAAAAAAUUAAUUAGUCAAAAUUAGUUGAAACCCUUGCAUUUGUGUUUAUAAACUUUUCAACAAUCAGGAUAUUUAGUAAAUCUGGGGAAAUAAUUGAUGAAAACAUUUCUGAAUAUGCAUAAACAGGAGUUAUCGAAGAGUGCAGCUAAUUUGAUUUUGAUAAAGCAAACAAUUAAUUAGGAGUAACAGAAUUUGUUGGAAAGUUUGAUAAAAGAACUCUAUAUAUCAUGGAUGCUUAAACUAAUGAAAUAAAAUAUACUUUGAAUUAAUUUAGUUCUCAAAUUAAAUAGUUAUAAUUUACAUUAUCUGGAGAUAAAUUCAUACUUGGUUUGGAAGAUGGGUCAAUUCUGUUAUAUAUGAUUGAUUCUAAAACCUUAAAAAAUUAUGAAAAACCAAUUUGCUAUUAUGCAUUUGCUAAAAGUCCUCUCUUGUAGGCAUUUUGCUGUAACAUUUAGUAAUCUAAAUUUCGAACUAUUGAAAAUGAAAAUUUUGAAAAGUUAUUAUUGACUGAAAAGGGAGCUAUAAAAUGA